ACUGUUUCUAGAUCUUUUCACCCCAACUAUUUCUUUUCCCCUCCUUUCUCUCUAUCUUGAACAAUUUGGAAGGUUGAUUUCUGCCGUCUAUAAUGCCAUGAAAACAGAAUAAAAAAGACAGCACAUCCUGGGAUAAAAGAAAAAUGGGUAGCAUUCGUUUCAUAAGCUUGCCUCAUUCCUACCAAUCAAGCCAUGAACAAAAGGCCAUACUGCGCACUUCUCAAAUCAUAAUGGCGAAAAGAGAUCAACCUUUCCUCCGUUUCUUAUUGGUUGUAUUUUACAUUGCCUUACUCAGCAUCGUUCACUUAUGCAUGCAUUUAAAAAGCACAGCUUGGCUUAGACUGCAAUAUUUAAUUUUAUGCAGUUAAGUAUUUCAAAAGAAGGUUUCGGGCAAAAAUAGGCUACUGCAUAAAAAUACUUAAGCUUGUUUAAUUACAGUGUGUUGUUUCAUAGAAAAAAAAAAAAAAAAAAAA